AUGAUCAUGCCAGCUGGUAAAUCCUGGAUUAUGGACGAAGCCACCCGUAACAAGCUUCUGAAGGGCUACAAGACCCAAGUGGCAUCGGCGAUUUCGACCAUCUGCGCGACACUUGCUGUGACACCUUUGGAGAAUGUCAAAACUCGGAUGCAGACUCACAAUUUCCAAAAUGUGUUCACCUGCGCGCGCUACCUCUGGCGUACCGAAGGACCUCGUGGCUACGUUGCUGGGGCUUUACCACCUCUCGCGAGCGUGACUGCGGUGCGGGUCGUGAACUUUUCCUCCUACAAUGCGGCUAAGCAUCGCAUCUCCGAUUUCAUCGAAAGCAUAACUGGCCAGUCUCCUUUGGAACAGUAUCAUCGGCCUGGUAGCACUCCCACAGCGUUGACUCUGAUCACUUUCACCUCCGCUGGUUUAUUUGCCGGCCUGAUCUCCGCUCCUCUGGCUUGCCCGUUUGAACUGGCCAAGAACGUCGUGCAGACCUCCGUCUUGGUGUCCAACCGUGCGCAGGCGUCUCCUGGAGCUGUGGGUGAUCCGUCGUUGCGCAAUAAACCUCGUUUAGGCACCAUUCAGGCGAUUCAGCAGAUCGUGAAGCGCUACGGAUUUCGUGGACUGUACACUGGGUUUUAUCUUCACGCUCUGCGAGACACUCUGGGAUCGGGGUUGUACUUCAGCGUCUACGAGACCGUCAAGCAGGUUGCGGCGAAGGAGCUCGGCCCUGACAAGUCUCCGUUCGGUGCUCCCAUGAUCGCGGGAGCAAUUUGCAGCACGGUUCCUUGGUUCUGUACCUAUCCGCUUGACACUAGGAAGACGCGCGCCCAGAGCGUGUUGCUGGGGAAAUCCAAGGAGGUGGGCGAAGCUUCAGCUGCGGUUGCAAAAUCGAGCAUGUACAAAGGUCUUUCGAUCAUCCUGAUUCGCACCGGUGUAAACAACAUGAUUUUGCUCAGUAUUUUCGAGUACAUUAAGAUGAAGAUCGAUCAGCUGGAUUGA